UCAUAAAAUGGCAAGAUGACGAAACUUCUUGAAUUGAUAAAUGAAAUAAGCGACUUUCAUAUGCGGUUCUCAUAACUGGAGUGAAUGAUGAAAUAUCCAGUCUUUUGGUGUCUUAUUUGGAUAAGUGGCUUCUCAGAAGUGCUAUCUGUUCCUUACAGUAUUUCCUCCUUUGCUCAAUUAGUGGACCACUAUGGCCUAGUUUUCAACAAAACCAGCCAAUCAGAUGCCUUCUUCAAUCAGAGACACAUAGUCAUAGACACUUGGUGUCCAUUGACACUACCAAACAGCGCUGAAAAGGAGGGAGGAGAGAAAAAUGGAAAAGGAGGUGUGGAGCUCGAUCCUAGGAACCACACUAUUUUUGUCUACGCAGGCGGAAAGGGAAAUCUGGAAGACAAUUUUGACAAAUCUGGGUUUGUUUUGGAACUAGCCAAGCAUUAUGGGGCACUGGCGAUUUUCAUCGAGCACCGAUUCUACGGCGAAUCUCAGCCAUUCAACGGAUCCCGACUUACUCCAAAACACAGACAGUUUCUAACAGUGGACCAAGCAGCGGCAGACUACAUGAGGAUCAUCUACUACUACAAGAUAGUCGCACAAAUGAGCGACGCUAAGGUGAUAACAUUUGGAAGUUUCUACGGUGGUUCUUUGGCGGCCUACUUGAGGUUCAAAUACCCCAAUGAAAUCAGUGGCAGUCUGGCCUCUGGGGCGACUGUGCGAAUGGCAGACGAGUUCCAGGCUAGGACUCAGUUCUGGAAGAGAGUAACUCAGUCAUAUCAACAGAUUCCAGGGAUUGGACCCAAAGUUGUUCAGAAAAUCAGAAGUGCCUUCGACGGAUUGAAUGAACUAACAUACUUCGGAUCACUGGGAUAUGAAGUAAUCUCGAACCAAUUCAACCUCUGCGACCGACUCAAUAAAAAGAACUACAAAACUUUUCUCUUCACUGUCAGAAAUGUUUUUGCUAAGCUUGCUAUAAAUAACAACCCUUAUGCUGUCGGAAUGUACCCCGCAAACCCAGUUCAGUUUGCUUCUAGUAUUAUGUACUACACUGACAGAGAUAUUCAGGCUCUGGUGGAUUUGACCUUUUGGUUCUAUCAGCAGAGCAAGUUGACCUGCUUUGACCCCUCAAAAUACUUCAGGCUCUGUCCAGAUCCCAGUGGAUGUGAAAUGAAUGAAAAUGGAAAUGUAUGGGCUUUUCAGACAUGCUGGGAGCUACAGCAAGUAAUUGGGAGCUCCAUCGGCAAUUCAAUGUUCCCAAACUUGGAAUGGACAACAAAAGAGCUAUUCAGCUUCUGCAAAAAAGAAUUCGAAGAGUUUUCAGGCCAGGAGAGGUAUCAAUGGUUCAAGAUAAACUACUGGGGAUCAAAAAUAUCCUCUGCCUCGAACAUCAUCUGGACCAACGGACAGCUGGAUCCUUGGUUCGGAACCGGAAUAAUCACCACCAAUUCAACUCCAUACUUGAACACUUUGAGUGCCAUUCCAGGAGCUUCACAAGGAUUGGACCUCAGGGGUCCAGUUAAUGGAGACGGCAUGGCCAAAUAUAGGCAGAUGGAACUGGAACUGAUUGGACAAAUACUGACAGGCACAUUUCCGUCUUCAUAAAGGAAUCGAGAUAUGUACAACUAAGAAAUUAAAGAUUUUAAAUGAGUAAUUUCAUGCUUACCGAA